CUGAAAGGGCUGAAAUCCCUAUGACAGAUGUAGAAGAAGAAUUUUAUGCGGAAAAAAUCAAAUCAGAUAAUUUUUUUUACCAUAAGAAAGGUUGUUGUAGUGCACGUAAUUUCCGAACGUACAGGUGCUAAAUAGUUACAAGCCCUUGCGGUACGAACCUCCAUAACAACAUAAUUUGUAAAGAAUACGCGAAAACAGAUAUCUACUUCUGUCACCGCUUCGCAAGGCGAAGAAGAAGAACAAACAUUUCAGCACAAAAAGAAGGGCCCUGCAGUGCUUAGGUGUGGUUUUGUUUUGUCUCAGAAAGAGUUUCCUAUUGGCGUAAAAUUCGCGAGCUAAUGGUGCGAAUGGGCUGCUUCUAGUACCCGAAAGAAAUAGAAUAGCAUUCCUGUAAAAACAACAUUAUCUUUUUGUGAAGGUGUGAAACAACAGUGCGCAAAAAUGACCGGACGACUUCCAGCUUGUGUGAUCGAUGUAGGAACUGGAUACACAAAACUCGGCUUUGCGGCGAACAAGGAACCACAAUUUAUUAUCCCUUCCGCUAUUGCGAUCAAAGAGUCGGCCAAAGUGGGUGAUCAGAGCGCUCGCCGAGUGACCAAGGGAGUGGAAGACUUGGACUUCUAUAUCGGUGAUGAAGCGUUCGAUGCGACUGGAUACUCUGUGAAGUACCCGGUUCGCCAUGGCCUGGUCGAAGACUGGGACCUGAUGGAGCGGUUUCUGGAGCAAUGCAUUUUCAAGUACCUUCGAGCGGAACCGGAAGAUCAUCACUUUCUGCUAACAGAGCCUCCACUGAACACACCGGAAAAUCGUGAAUACACUGCCGAAAUCAUGUUCGAAACGUUUAACGUGCCGGGAUUGUACAUUGCUGUGCAAGCCGUGCUAGCACUAGCUGCCAGCUGGGCAUCACGUCCAGUAGAGGAGCGCACGUUAACCGGCAUCGUGGUGGACAGUGGAGAUGGUGUGACACACGUUAUUCCCGUGGCAGAAGGAUACGUGAUCGGUUCAUGCAUUAAGCACAUUCCUAUUGCGGGUCGUAACAUUACCUCGUUCAUUCAGAGCUUGCUGCGUGAGCGCGAGGUAGGGAUUCCGCCGGAACAAAGUUUGGAAACGGCCAAAGCGAUCAAGGAGCGGUACAGCUACAUUUGUCCGGACAUUGCGAAGGAAUUUGCAAAGUACGACGCGGAACCUACUAAAUGGAUGCGCCACUACGAGGGCAUCAAUGCUAUUACGAAGCAACCGUUCGGUGUUGACGUAGGUUACGAACGUUUCUUGGGACCGGAAAUUUUCUUCCAUCCCGAAUUUUCGAAUCCAGACUUUACGACACCACUGUCGGAGAUAGUGGACACGGUCAUACAAAACUGUCCCAUUGAUGUGCGAAGACCGCUGUACAACAAUAUCGUGCUGAGCGGUGGAUCGACAAUGUUCCGUGAUUUUGGACGUCGCUUGCAACGCGAUAUUAAGAGAAGCGUUGAUGCGCGGUUGAGAAUAAGUGAAAAUCUUAGUGAAGGAAGAAUAAAGCCAAAACCCAUUGAUGUAUCGGUGAUAUCCCAUCAUAUGCAGCGAUAUGCCGUUUGGUUCGGUGGCAGUAUGCUAGCGUCUACGCCCGAAUUCUAUCAAGUAUGUCACACGAAAGCUGCAUAUGAAGAGUAUGGACCUGGUAUAUGCCGCCACAAUCCUGUGUUUGGAACCAUGACAUAGAGGAAAUGGAAAAUGUGAACACGCUUGGCUUACUCAUCCAAUGUUACGCCAAUCACACACACACACAGUCGUGUAAAAGAAAGGUCUAUCGUGGGUAAACCGAACAAACCGCUAAUGGAUAGGGCUUCAAGUCUGUGCUAGAACAUUAUUUACCAAAAGUUUAAUCCACGUAUAAAAAACCGUUACGUUAGUUUGCUUCGAAUGCAAACCGGCGAAGUAAGAGUAAGUCCGCGAUAUGGAUGCAUUUUAAACAUUUUUUACAUUAUAUUUUUCUUACUUCGCUUCAUCGAGUUCCAUGUGCAAAAGGUAUUCGCUGCAUGGCGAUUAAUUUACUGCUCGUUCUGUGCAUCCAUGGCCGUCAUCUUCGUUGCUAAGGAAACCAAUUCACGCGAUAGGUAAUAAUGGUAACGUUUUGUUAAAAACAGUGCAAGAGAGGACAAUUAUAUCGUAAAUCUAAUGUAAACUGCAAUGGGCAUUUUUGGAACAAGUCCACUUAACUUCAUUUCUUCGUUGCAAUAGAAAAAUGUAGAAAGUAGCUUACUAAAAUCCUUGUUUAUGUUGGUUAUUCAUUCUGCCAAUGAAAGACUACUACUGUACUACCUUUUUGGAGAAAUUAAAUACAUUUUCUAAAUGAAACACGUCGGUAGAGAAAUAAAGCAAUAACGUACGAACGACCUGCUAGUAUUGUUACAUUCAACAACACAAAUUAAUACCUUCCAUCGGAAUAGACAGUAUUGUACGCUUUUUACAAACCCCGUUUUUCAUUUGUUGCAUAAUUUUGAGUAGUAAGAUUCUCUAGUGUCUGAAGACUGACUUUUUUUCCUUCUGGUGGAAUUAGUUUUCAGAAAAUGUAAUUCAAGAAUGCACGUAAUUCGAUAAUAAAGUUACGUUACGAUCCUCA